AUGAUGCUCACAGCCAAGCAGCCAGUUCAACACGGGUACCGGCCUGUCCAUGAUCUACCGACGCCGCCUCGAUCCUCGCCCCCCUUGAGUGUUCAGGACUCUUUGCAAAAGACGUUUGUAGCUCUUCCGCAGAAUCAGAGUCCAUCUACCAAGCCCAUGUCAGCACCUCAUCGUGGUCUGCCUCUCCCGGCAGCCAUGACACUAGCUCAACCGCCGCCGCCGCCGGCUCCUGGUCCACCUCACCCACCAGCUCCGGGACCGCCUUUACAUUCUCAGGGAGCGCCAGCUCCUUCUCCGCAUAGUCAGACGCUUGGUUCGUUACCAGCGCCCCCUCCUCAACAUCAGGGUUCUGAAGAUGCGAUGAGAAGCUGGUUGGCGGCCAAAACCGAAGAGGAAAAGAGGAAACAGGAAGAAGAAAAGACGCGGCAGGAAACGUUACGUUUGGAACAGAGAAAACUGGAGUACGAUAUGCUCCGGACGUCUUUAGAUCGGGGUAUACCACCGCCGAUGGUGCCUGUUGUUUUCGCAGGAAUGAGCGGCGGAACGCUAUCGCAGGUGGCCCUCGAAUGGGCGCAACAGUAUUUGAUGCCGCAGCAGGCGCACGCAGCGCAGAUUAUGCCAGCCCAGGGGGCUUUAUCACCGGAGGCUCGAAGAGAGUCCCAGCAGUACGGGGGGCAGCAGUAUGGUGUCCCGUCGACACCAGGAUCGGCACCAGGUGCUCAAGCGAGUUUUAUGCCCUACCAAGGGCCUAGCUCACCAAGACACAGGGCGCACACGUUGAUACAGGAGAAGGGGCUGCUGGACCGCCUGGAAUACCUCAUCCAGCACACGUGCUCGCGCAGCAACAGCAUCAACAACAACAGCAACAACAACCGCAACAAGAUACUCAGUCCCCGUCGAUAUAUUUUCACCAUUGGCAACCCCCGACCACUCAAGGAGGCUCUAAUCAGCCAGGAACGCCUUCUGAAUCGCCUAAGAAACGAAAAGCGACGGGUCCCCAGCAAGCGCCGCCUCCGCCGAGCCAAGCGCGAUUUAGAUCUCCGUCUUUCGGUCAGCACGGGGGAUCUUCGACAUUAUCAAAUCCGCCUCCCGGUCGACGGCGAGGUCAUUCGCGACAGAGGAGCGACGUCUCAUCUUACCGGUCUACGGGACGCGGUCGAAUUGAACCAUUUGGUCCGCACCGGGGACUUUCACCAGGCCUUGGCCCGUCAAGGGAAAGCGGAUUAG